UAACUUUUUGAACACAUGAAAUACAGUUAUGAUAACUAUUUGAAUGUCUUGUCUGCUAAUUCCAACAUCUAUGUCAGUUCUGUGUUGACUUCGAUUGAUUGAUUUUUCUCCUCAUUAUGGGUUCUAUUUUCCUGAUUCUUUGCAUGCCUGGAAAUUUUUUAUUGACUGACAGACAUUGUGUAUUUUACCCUGUUGGGCACUGGGUAUUUUUGUAUUCUUAUAAGUAUUCUUGGGCUUGCCCAAGGCAGUAAUCUGAGGCAAUCAUAGGCUCACCUCAGUUGUUUUCCAUCUCUUAAGGAAUUUCUGUGCUUUGUUGUCUGAUGUCUUGAAAACCAUUGUUUCAUAUCUUUUGUCAGUUAAGUUACUUUGAAAGAGUUUGAUCCAUCUGGGUUUUGCUUUUAAGAUUUGUUAGGUGGGACUGAAGCAGUACUCAGUCUAGGGCUAAUUAUUCCCCAUUACUAAGGUAAUACCCCACUGUGUACUCUAUCCAAUGCACUGUGGAUCAUUCCACCUUGACUAGUAGGAACAGGCAUUAUUUCUGGCUCUUUGUGAGUACCAGACACUGCUAUGUCUAAUCUUUUCUGGUGGUUCUUUCUCCAGCCUCAAGUAAUUUCCUCAUACACAUGUACUAAUCAGUACUUAAGCUGUACACUCAAGGGGGUCCUUUGCAGAUCUCUGGAGUUCUCUCUCUCCCUGCAGCUCCCCUCUCCAGUACUCUGUGCUGAAAACUAACUGCCUUGGUCUCCCUGGACUCGCAGCUCUGUCUUCUCAACUCAGGGUGUCUCCUGGGCUUUGCUUGAGUUCCCCCUCUGUGUAUCACAGCCUAGAAGCUCUCUCAAGGCAGUAGGGCCCAGCUUAUUUGUUUCCCGUCUCAGGGAUCACUGUGCUUUGUUGUCUGAUCUCCAGUGUCUUGAAAAACAUUGUUUUAUGUAUAUGUGUGUGUGUAUAAAUAAAAUUUUUGUUUGUUUUUUGUUUGUUUCAGACAGAAGGGUAAAUCUGGUCCCUGUUACUCCAUCUCAACUGAAAGUGGAAUUUCAGUAAAUUUGACAUACAUUUAUUUAAACUUUUGAUGCCUGCUAUUGUCUGUGUAAAAUGGCAAAAUCCAGGGACCACAUUUGAAGUGUAUGUUGAAGUGGCCUAUCCGAGGACGGGUGGCACUCCUUCAGAUCCUGAGGUGCAGAGGCAAUUCCCGGAGGACUACAGUGACCAGGAAGUUCUACAGACUUUGACCAAGUUUUGUUUCCCCUUCUAUGUGGACAGCCUCACAGUUAGCCAAGUUGGCCAGAACUUCACGUUCGUGCUCACUGACAUUGACAGCAAACAGAGAUUCGGGUUCUGCCGCUUAUCUUCAGGAGCGAAGAGCUGCUUCUGUAUCCUAAGCUAUCUCCCCUGGUUCGAAGUAUUUUAUAAGCUACUUAACAUCUUGGCAGAUUACACGACAAAAGGACAGGAGAGUCAGUGGAAUGAGCUUCUUGAAACUCUGCAUAAACUUCCCAUCCCUGACCCAGGAGUGUCUGUUCAUCUCAGCGUGCAUUCUUAUUUUACUGUGCCUGAUACCAGAGAACUUCCCAGCAUACCCGAGAAUAGAAACCUGACAGAAUAUUUUGUGGCUGUGGAUGUAAACAACAUGUUACACCUGUACGCCAGUAUGCUCUACGAACGCCGGAUACUCAUCAUUUGCAGCAAACUCAGCACUUUGACUGCCUGCAUCCACGGGUCUGCUGCGAUGCUCUACCCCAUGUUCUGGCAGCACGUGUACAUCCCCGUCCUGCCUCCGCAUCUGCUGGACUACUGCUGCGCUCCCAUGCCCUACCUCAUAGGAAUCCAUUUAAGUUUAUUGGAGAAAGUCAGAAACAUGGCCCUGGAUGAUGUCGUGAUCCUGAACGUGGACACCAACACCCUGGAAACCCCCUUUGACGACCUCCAGAGCCUCCCAAAUGACGUGAUCUCUUCACUGAAGAACAGACUGAAGAAGGUGUCCACGACUACCGGUGAUGGUGUGGCCAGAGCCUUCCUCAAGGCCCAGGCCGCUUUCUUUGGCAGCUACCGAAAUGCUCUGAAAAUUGAGCCGGAGGAGCCAAUCACCUUCUGUGAGGAAGCCUUCGUGUCCCACUAUCGCUCUGGAGCCAUGAGGCAGUUCCUGCAGAAUGCCACACAGCUGCAGCUCUUCAAACAGUUUAUUGAUGGUAGAUUAGACCUUCUCAAUUCCGGUGAAGGUUUCAGUGAUGUUUUUGAAGAGGAGAUCAGCAUGGGCGAGUAUGCUGGCAGCGAUAAACUGUACCAUCAGUGGCUCUCCACAGUCCGGAAAGGAAGUGGAGCAAUUCUGAAUACUGUAAAAACGAAAGCAAACCCGGCCAUGAAGACUGUCUAUAAGUUUGCAAAAGAUCAUGCAAAAAUGGGAAUAAAAGAGGUGAAAAACCGCUUGAAGCAAAAGGACAUCGCUGAGAAUGGCUGUGCCCCCACCACAGAAGAGCAGCUGCCAAAGACCGCGCCGUCCCCACUGGUGGAGGCCAAGGACCCCAAGCUCCGAGAAGACCGGAGGCCAAUCACAGUCCACUUCGGGCAGGUGCGCCCUCCCCGUCCACAUGUUGUUAAGAGACCGAAGAGCAACAUCACAGUAGAAGGCCGGAGAACAUCCGUCUCGAGCCCUGAGCAGCCGCAGCCGUACCGGACCCUCAAGGAGUCCGACAGUGCAGAAGGCGAUGAGGUGGACAGCCCAGAGCAGCGAGCCCGGGAGCCCACAGGCCCUGCCCCAGCUCCACCUGACCGGGCUGCCAGCAUCGACCUCCUGGAGGACGUCUUCAGCACCCUGGACAUGGAGGUCCCACUGCAGCCACUGGGCCAGGCCAAGAGCUUAGAGGACCUUCGGACCCCCAAAGACCUGAGGGAGCAGCCAGGGACCUUUGACUAUCAGAGGCUGGACCUGGGCAGGAGUGAGAGGAGCCGCGGGGUGCCAGUGGCCUUGAAGCUCGCCCACCCGUACAACAAGCUCUGGAGCCUGGGCCAGGAUGACAUGGCCAUCCCCAGCAAGCCCCUGGUCACGCCACCUGAAAAGCCCUCAGCCCUGCUCGGGAACUCCCUGGCCCUGCCCCGCAGGCCCCAGAACCGGGACAGCAUCCCGAACCCCAGCGACAAGGAGGAAGCGCCCACCCCCACUCUGGGCAGCAUCACCAUUCCCCGGCCCCAGGGCAGGAAGACCCCAGAGCUGGGCAUCGUGCCCCCGCCCCCCACCGCCCGCCCAGCCAAGCUCCAGGCUGCUGGCGCCGCCCUCGGCGACUUCUCCUCAGAGCGGCUGCAGGCCGAGCGGGAAAGGCGAGCUGCCCGGAGCGCAGCCCCGUUCCCCGGGCUCCUCCCCAGUGCUGCCCCACAAGGCCCCACCGAACUGCUCCAGCCGCUCAACCUGGCCCCAGAGGCUGCGGGCACGGGCGGUGACGCCCUGCUGGCCCUCCUGGACCCACUUAACACAGCCUGGUCAGGCAGCACCCCUCCACCAGGCCCUACAGCCCCAAAUGCAGCCACCCCAUUCAUCCCCCAGUUCAGCUUUCCCCCCGCAGGGUCCCCCACCCCGUUUCCACAGCCAUCACUCAAUCCCUUUGUCCCGUCCAUGCCAGCAGCACUGCCCGCCAUGUCCCUGGUCUCCACACCAACUGGGCCUUUCGGGGCCCCUCCUGCUUCCCUGCGGCCAGCUUUUGCCCCCAGCCUCCUACUGUCCGGUUCUGGCUUCUUUGCCCCACAGAGGUCUCACCCGAACCUUUCUGCCUUCUCCAUGCCCAACCUCUUUGGCCAGAUGCCCAUGGGUGCCCACACCAGCCCCCUGCAGCCCCUGGGCCCCCCAGCAGUCGCCCCUUCGAGGAUCCGAACGUUGCCCCUGGCCCGCUCAAGUGCCAGGGCUGCCGAGGCCAAGCAGGGGCUGGCCCUGAGGCCUGGAGACCACCCACUCCUUCCUCCCAGGCUCCCCCAGGGCCUGGAGCCAGCACUGCAGCCCUCUGCUCUUCGAGAGACCAGAGACCCCUUUGAGGAUUUGUUACAGCAAACCAAGCACGACGUGAGCCCGGCCCCAGCCGCGGCCGCCGGCUCAGUGGAGCAGCUCAGGAAGCAGUGGGAGACCUUCGAGUGAGCCAGGCGCUGGGCUCCGAGGCGAGCUGGCCCUGCCGCCCCUGCCGCUCUGUUUCUGCCCAGGUUCUGCUGGUGGAAAGGGAUGGGACCCCCUCUGCUGCCCCUCCUGCCCUCCACACUGCCCAUCUCUGAGGUCUGGCCGCUGGAGAGUGGUGCCAGUUCUGGUUUGGGAAUCCACCCAGUUCCCGGGCGCCCGUGCCACCCCGCCACCACUCCUCCCCAGCACGCUGGUUGGGUUUUGCACUAAAGAGGUCAGCUGGGCCAAUGAUGCCCCAGACCACGUCCUGCCCCCCUUCCCUCUGGAAACCUCCCACCAGGAGCCCCAAGGCUCCUCAGGCAUCUCUCGAGCCCUGUUCUGUCCCAGCACGGCUCGGCCCUGCACACCCAACCUCGACGGGCACAGGUGUCAGUGGUACCCUUGGUGUGAGCUCGUUUGUACGAGACACACGUGGUUUGGAGUUUGAAGUAAGGAGCCCCUUCCCAGCUGGAGGACCCCCUGGCGGGCAUUUCCACACCCUCUCCUGCAAUAUGCACACUCAUUCUUUAGUGAGUCUUCACCACAAGCCCAAACUGCAGUUGUUUCUGGCUUGACAGGUAUUUGGGGGCUGAGGGAUCCUUCAGAUCCCUCAUGAUAGCCAAACCCAGCCCAUCAGCUCUGCAGGGGUACUGGGAGCACCAGCAGCUCUGAUUUGCAGACGAAAAAAUAGCAACAGGUAAAUGUGAGUGCAUCAGGACGAAGAGUCAGGCCGUCAUCUGUCCAGGGCUCUCACUCUGGUCCCUACGGGUUCUCCUGGUCUCUCGUGUUACUGUCAGAUGGGGCUCAGGCUUUCAUUGCAUGGACUGCAGGGACAGAGCCGAGAAGCAGGUGCCCAGAUUCCAACUGGAAGGCCAAGCUUAACACCCAGACUGAUGCAGGAAUCCCAGCUGCCCGGGCUCUCUGGGUCAGGAACGGGCAGGGGCACUGAGUGCCUUCUCCAGGCCCCGGGGGAGUGGACAAACGUGGCUUCUGGCAGCCUGCAGACAGGAGGAGGGCUAGGAGCCGCCCCUCCCCGCCCACCUCAGAUGCUGCCAGCAUAGAAAUUCCUGAGGCCAACGUCACCAAAGCUAAAUGGAAAUGUUUUGUUAUUGUUUCUUUUAUCUUUCUUUUCCUUUUUACUUUAUUGAUUUGAUGAAUCUUGAAAUUGACUAGUUUCAAUAAACCAAGUUAAAAAAUGG